AGUAGGAUCAAUUUCUUCCGACAGCAAUAGUCUUCUUCCUGUUUUUUCUCUACGAGUUUCGAAGGAAAUCUCGACAUUGUGAGCUAUUCUUCUCUCUUUGAGCUUCUUCGUGAAGAAAAAAGAAAGCAUUUCGAAAACUAAAGGUCUGCUAAGCUAAAGACAAGGAAAAAUCCGGAUUCAAAAAUGUUUCUUCGAAAUCUGACUCAUAGUUUAUGGAGUUGGAGAGGUGUGAAAGCUUGAUUUGGAGAGUCUUCAGACAUAUUGAAAGAGAAAACUUUUGUAAGCUUGAGGGUGUUUUUUUAGCCAAAGGGUCUUAUCUAGUGGAAUUAGCUAAAGAUGGGUUCGCUCUGUUGUGUUGCUGCCAAGUCAGAUAGAUCAAAUUCUGCAAGUCGUGAUUUUUCGUUUGGCCCGCAUGAACCUUAUUGGAGGACUAAUACAAGUUUCUCUCCACCUUCAUCGAGAUGGGAUGUCCAUGGAUUACUUGACGGUGUUAGCUUUUAUGGAUCUUCCACAUCAUCAAAUGCUAAUGUUCUUCGUAGUCCCGACCUUUCUCAGGCACUUCACUGGACACCUAAUGCUUAUGAAUCUGCAACAAGAAGAGAUCAGAUUCUUAAGCAACUACCGGGUACAUCAAGAAAUAUCGGUAUCGGUGACUCUGAACCAAACCGCAACUUCUCAAGCCGGCGAUUUUUCCUGUCUAAGCCGGUUCAUCCAAUACUGCAUCAUCCAUCUGAUAAUGGUAGAGAAACAACAUCCAAUUCUGCGGAUGCCUGCAGUUGGAGCAGCGGGACAACAAGCAGCAUUGAUUCUGUGGAUAUUCCCGAGCCAGUUCUUGAUUUGGAUCAUAACUCUGCCAAAGCACAACAAGUCGCUUCAAGUACAUAUAAAUGCGGAUUGUGUAACAGACACAUCUCACAGAGAUCUCCUUGGGGAUCUAGGUCCAUCUUAAGAAACCGAGACAUGCCCGUCACAGGAGUGCUUCCAUGUCAACACGUCUUUCACGCAGAAUGUCUUGACCAAUCAACUCCAAAGGCUCAACGCAAUCACCCACCUUGUCCAAUUUGCAGUUCCGUGCGUAGGGGCUUGAGGCGAACUUAAACAACAUAACUCUUUUAUAUACUAAUUUUUAGUGAUGGUUAUGAUAUAAUUUUGAAGACUUUUGAGAUAUU